CCUUUCUGUUCCACACUGGUGUUUCGGAGCAGCAUCGUUUCCGCUGCUUAUUUUCGUACUGAACGCAACCCAGAUCCACAAGGACAUGUUCGCCGCAGCUGCCAUGGAAAACACCCAUCGACAUCCGCUAUAGAACCUGGGCUGUCGAACAUCACAAGGCUGGACCACCACUAAUGGAGUUUUCUACUGAAGCCCUGGACUCCGACAACACACACUAGCUUUAGUGCUUUUCCAGUAUACUUCCAUGUAUUCCUGGUACUGCACCUACUGUAGCCUGCUGACCCCAUGGUCUAUAGCCUAGCAUGCUAGCCUACUGCUAUGUAAGGUCCAAGCAGGAACCAUGAUUCCUGUGACAGAGUUCCGACAGUUCUCAGAGCAGCAGCAACAAUUCCGGGUUCUGAAGCCCUGGUGGGAUGUGUUCACAGACUACCUCUCUGUGGUCAUGCUGAUGAUUGGUGUGUUUGGAUGUACCCUACAGGUGAUGCAGGACAAAAUUAUCUGCCUUCCCCAAAGAAUGCCCAAGCCAAACCAAACAAUAAUUUUCCCAAAUAAAACAGAAUUGAUUUCACCAGCUGUGCCACCAGAAGUCCAUGAAAUGAUGGGCCUGAAAACCAACCUGGAUAUUCAGCAGUAUAGCUUCAUCAACCAGAUGUGCUAUGAGAAGGCUUUGCACUGGUACGCCAAGUACUUCCCUUACCUGGUCCUCAUACACACUGUGAUCUUUAUGGUGUGCAGCAACUUCUGGUUCAAGUUCCCAGGCUCCUGCUCUAAGAUAGAGCAUUUCAUCUCAAUCUUGGGAAAGUGCUUUGACUCCCCCUGGACUACUAGAGCUCUCUCUGAAGUGUCUGGAGAGAACCCAGAGGAGAAGGACAAUAAGAAAAGCAGUGCCAGUGAAGCAAUUCUCAACGAGUCUGUAGAGGGGAACCUGGGGAACUUGGAGAGGACCCAGUCCCUCAAAUCCAUCCCAGAGAAGAUCAUCGUGGACAAGCCUACUGCCAGUGCCCUGGAUAAGAAAGAAGGAGAGCAGGCAAAAGCUCUGUUUGAGAAGGUGAAGAAGUUCCGUCUGCACGUUGAAGAGGGGGACAUCCUUUAUAUUAUGUAUGUUCGUCAGACUGUUCUCAAGGUGUUAAAGUUCCUCCUCAUCAUCGCAUACAACAGUGCCUUAGUGUCUAAGGUGGAGAUCACAGUGAAGUGUAAUGUGGACACACAGGACAUGACGGGAUAUAAGGAUUUCUCCUGUAAUCACACCAUGGCCCACCUGUUCUCCAAGCUGUCAUACUGCUACCUUUGCAUCGUUGCUGUGUAUGGUUUUACAUGUCUCUACACUUCCUACUGGCUCUUCUACCGCUCACUAAAGGAGUACUCCUUUGAGUAUGUACGUCAGGAAACGGGAAUUGAUGACAUCCCAGAUGUGAAGAAUGACUUUGCCUUCAUGCUGCACAUGAUCGACCAGUAUGACCCACUGUACUCCAAGAGAUUUGCAGUGUUUCUGUCUGAAGUCAGCGAGAACAAACUGAAACAGCUGAAUCUGAACCAUGAGUGGACACCAGAUAAACUGCGUCAGAGACUUUUGACCAACCACAAUGACAGACUGGAGCUGCAGCUCUUCAUGCUUUCUGGACUCCCGGACACCAUCUUCGAGGUGACCGAGCUCCAGUCCCUAAAGCUAGAGAUCAUUAACAACGUAACCAUUCCACCCGCAAUUGCCCAGCUGGAAGACCUCCAGGAGCUGUCACUGUAUCAGUGUUGUUUAAAGAUCCACCCCACAGCUAUCUCGUUCCUCAAGGAGAACCUAAAGGUGCUUAGAGUGAAGUUUGAUGACAGCAGAGAGCUACCUAAUUGGCUGUACCAAUUGCGGAAUCUAGAGGAGCUCUACCUUAUUGGCUCACUGAGUCCUGAUGCUUCCAAGAAUGUUGUACUGGAGUCCUUGAGGGAGCUGAAGAAUCUGAAGACCCUGUCGCUCAAAAGUAACUUUACAAAGAUCCCCCAGUCCAUCGUGGAUGUGUCUAGCCACUUGCAGAGGCUGUACAUCUAUAAUGACGGCACCAAGAUGGUGAUGCUCAACAACUUGAAGAAGAUGGUUAACCUAACUGAACUGGAGCUGGUGCACUGUGACCUGGAACGCAUCCCACAUGCAGUAUUCAGCCUUUCAAACCUACAGGAGUUAGACCUGAAGGAAAACAACCUGCACUCCAUUGAGGAGAUAGUCAGCUUCCAGCACCUUCGCAAGCUGACAUGCCUGAAACUUUGGCACAACAGUAUUGCCUACAUCCCAGAACACAUCAAGAAGCUGAGCAGCCUGGAGCGCCUCUACUUCAGCAAUAACAAGAUUGAGAUAUUGCCCUCGCACCUGUUCUUAUGCAACAAGCUUCGUUACCUGGACCUGUCCAACAAUGACAUCCGGUUCAUUCCACCAGAGAUCGGAGUCCUACAGAGUCUUCAGUACUUCUCUGUCACUUGCAACAAGAUUGAGAACCUUCCAGACGAGUUGUUCUUUUGCAAGAAGCUCAAAACUCUCAAGUUGGGCAAGAAUAUGCUGUCAUUGCUCUCACCAAAGAUCUCAUACCUGGCUCAGUUGACACACCUGGAGCUGAAGGGAAACCAUUUUGAGCUCCUGCCUCCAGAGCUUGGGUUCUGCCGGGCGUUGAAGCGUGGCGGCCUAGUGGUGGAGGACACUUUGUUUGAAACCUUGCCUUCAGAUAUCAGAGACAAAAUGAAGGCUGAGUGAUAUGCCUUAUAAUAUCAGUAUUAAAGGCUCUGUGAUAGACUAGUAUCCUGUCCAGAGGGUAUAAUUUUACAGUGUUAAUUUUGGCAGCUCAUUCAGAUUUAGCCUUAGUUUAAAAUAUAUUUUAGGCAUUUUAUCCCUGAUAGUUUUAGUAGUUAUCUAUCGUCUAAACUCACUAUAAACACUAUACAAUAUUUGUAUAGUGUUUUCAUUUUGUUCACAUUUCAGUGUAUUACAUUAAAUAAGGAAUGGACCUCUAACACUGACCAUGUGCAAAUUCAGCCUUGUCCAACUUACAUAGCUCAUACAUUGCUAUUGAGGCUGGUUGUAACCACAUAGGAUACAAAGCUUUGGCUAUACAAUAAACGAUGUAAGCACACAAUGCUUUUCUCUCAAUUGUAACUUUGGGAUCAGGAAAAAAACAGUACUUCCCUUCAAAAGGGUAGCACCUGAGCCUUCCAAUAAUAUCAUAAAUAUUGCUGUACUGUUACUGUAUUUUAUUUUACAGAAUGUACCUGGAUGUACAAAAUGUAAUUUUCAGCAAGUAGCCUUACUUUUUCAGAUCUGAAAAAAGUACUGCAUUUCCCAAUCACGAGACAUCACUGAUUAAUAACGGUGCACAGAAUUUGUGUAAUUAUUUUCUCAUCAUAUUUUCAUCCACUCAAAUGACAAUUAAUCUUUUAUCAUCAGGUUAAUUUAUCAUCAGGUUGUUGAAAAUAAAUGUGUUAUAGUUAUUGUUGGCAAAAUUAACACUGAUUGUACAUCCAGCUGCCUUACAAUUCAUUAAAAGAUAUUGGCUCCUGCCUUAUGGGCAAUUCUUGCUUGGACAAGCCCAUUUAUUUAAAUGUACUUGUAAUUUGUCUUAGUCUGACAAUCAGAGUUGACCAAAAUUGUAUAUUUUACUGUAAACUUCCUCCUGAUCUAAGCACAUUCAGUCCAUUCUGGGGGGAAGUUGUGCAAUGUAUUCAUUGGUGUAUGUAUAAAGCAUUGUGUUACUUCAUUAUAGAGUGAAAUAUGGCUUUGUGUUAAAACAAAAUGGUUCCUCAUGCAACUUUGUAAUUUACGUAUUCAAAUCACUACUGUAUGUCUAAUAAAUCACUCUGUGUGAUUAUGUAAUGAAACAAUCUGAUAUGUUUUAUAAUUUAUUCACCUCUGCUUACUUGUGGAUAUUAUGAAAUAAAUGUAACGUUACUUACAUACACAGCCCUGAUUGGCUAAUAAGAUGGGCAAGAUCAAAACAUUGGUCUUUUAACGUCAGAUCAACUUAUAUGCAGGUAGUUCAUCCGCACCUGAUCAGACCAAAAUUCAUGGCAUAUUUUACAAAUAUCUUAGACAUUCUUGUCAUUAUGAUAUUUUCCAUAAAUUCAGAGUUUUAUUUUCAACUUCAUUGUGUGGAAAUAUAUAUAUUUUUAAAACUGGCAAAUCAUGUUUUUAACUGCAUAGACCUUUAACUAUAUCAAUAAUUACAGGCAAGGUACAGUAUCUCACAAGUGAGUACCCCCCUCACAUUUAUGUAAAUAUUUGAGUAUAUCUUUUCAUGUUACA